AUGCGCGUUUCAAUCCUUGCGGCCGCCCUCGUGGCCACUCCCAUUCUCGGCUACCCGCUCACCAGCGACCUCGCCACCCGCGACGACUCGAAGCUCUCGGCCUUCGAUAAUGUCAAGCGGCUCUUGACCGGCUCUGGCAGCCCCGGUGUCCUCAGUUCCAUUCGUCGUAGAGAUUACGGCUACGGUGGUGGGGGCGGUGGUGGUGGCCCCUCUAGCCCUGGUGGUGGUGGUCCUUCUGGCCCCGGUGGUAGCAAGCCUUCUGGCCCUGGUGGUGGUGGUCCCUCCGGCCCCGGUGGUGGCAAGCCUUCUGGCCCUGGCGGUGGUGGUUAUUCUCCGGCCCCCGGUGGUGGUGGUCCUUCUAGCCCCGGUGGUGGUUCUUCUCCGGCUCCUGGUGGUGGCAAGCCUUCUAGCCCCGGUGGUGGUUCUUCUCCGGCUCCUGGUGGUGGCAAGCCUUCCAGCCCCGGCGAUGGUUAUUCCCCGGCCUCUGGUGGUGGCAAGACUUCCGGCCCCAGCGGUGGAGGUCCCUCCGGCCCCGGCGGUGGUUAUUCCCAGGCCUCUGAUGGUGGCAAGCCUUCCGGCCCCGGUGGUGGAGGUCCCUCCGGCCCCGGCGGUGGUUAUUCCCAGGCCUCUGAUGGUGGCAAGCCUUCCGGCCCUGGCGGUGGUGGUUAUUCUCCGGCCCCCGGUGGUGGUGGUCCUUCUAGCCCCGGUGGUGGUUCUUCUCCGGCUCCUGGUGGUGGCAAGCCUUCCAGCCCCGGUGGUGGUUAUGCCCCGGCCCCUGGUGGUGGCAAGCCUUCUGGCCCUGGUGGUGGUGGUCCUUCUGGCCCCGGCGGUAGUGGCCCCUCUGGCCCUGGUGGUGGUUAUGCCCCGGCCUCUAGUGGUGGCAAGCCUUCUGGUCCCGGUGGUGGUGGCCCCUCCGGCCCCGGUGGUGGUGGUCCUUCUGGUCCCGGUGGUGGUUCUUCUCCGGCUCCUGGUGGUGGCAAGCCUUCCAGCCCCGGCGGUGGUUAUUCCCCGGCCUCUGGUGGUGGCAAGACUUCCGGCCCCGGCGGUGGUGGCCCCUCUGGCCCUGGUGGUGGUUAUGCCCCGGCCUCUAGUGGUGGCAAGCCUUCUGGUCCCGGUGGUGGUGGCCCCUCCGGCCCCGGUGGUGGUGGUCCUUCUGGUCCCGGUGGAGGUGCUCCCGGCGGCGGUGGCGGAGGCGGCUACUAUUAA